GAACGAAAAGUGACCUGCAAACAUCCAGUAACAGGACAGCCAUCGCAGGACAACUGUAUUUUUGUUGUGAAUGAACAGACUGCUGCAGCAAUGACAUCUGAAGAGAAGAAGGAGCGACCAAUAAGCAUGAUAUGUGAAGCAACUAACUAUAAUCUGACAUCAGAUUAUGCUGCUCAUCCAAUGAGCCCUGUGGGCAGAACAUCACGAUCGUCAAAGAAGGUUCAUAACUUUGGGAAGAGAUCAAACUCCAUCAAGAGAAACCCUAAUGCCCCAGUUGUCAGACGUGGUUGGCUCUACAAACAGGAUAGUACUGGAAUGAAGCUGUGGAAGAAGCGCUGGUUUGUGCUCUCAGAUCUGUGUCUCUUCUAUUACAGAGAUGAGAAAGAAGAAGGAAUACUGGGGAGCAUACUCCUGCCUAGUUUUCAGAUAUCUAUGCUAUCUGCUGAGGACCAUAUUAACCGCAAAUAUGCCUUUAAGGCAGCUCAUCCAAACAUGAGGACCUAUUAUUUCUGCACAGAUACAGGGAAGGAAAUGGAGUUGUGGAUGAAAGCCAUGAUAGAUGCAGCACUUGUGCAGACAGAGCCUGUGAAAAGUUUUUCGUUCACAUUCCAAAUAGAGAAACUAACCAUUGAAAAUACAUCCCCUCGAGAGGCAAAUAAUAUUUCAAACCAUCGGGUGCUAAUUAAACCAGAGGCACAAAACAACCAGAAAAACAAAGAAGUGAACAAAAAUGAGGAGAAGAAAGCUUUGGAAGCCGAAAAAUACGGAUUUCAGAAAGUUGGGCAAGAUAAACCAUUAACAAAAAUCAACAGUGUAAAGCUAAAUCCGUUGGGAUCUGAGUACAGGACUUUACCUAUGAGCACCAUUCAGGCUGGACACUACAGAGCAGUUCAUCUGAAUGGGUCUGAGGGUAAAGCUGUUGGAGUUGUCCUGGGGGACGUUGGCGAUGGAGCUCACCACAACACGGUGCAGUCACACUUCGAGUCUGAACGAGUUAUGCAGAGAACUAAUUCAAUGCUGCAGUUGGAACAGUGGAUAAAAAUACAGAGAGGAAAAGGACAAGAAGAGGAAACAAGAGGCAUCAUCUCCUACCAGACAUUACCCAGAAACAUGCCAAGCCAUCGCCCUCAGGUUCUGCCUCGGUACCCAGAGGGCUACAGAACACUGCCCAGGAACAGCAAGGCACGGCCAGAGAGCCUGUGCAGUGUGGCACCAUCAGCCUACGACAGAGCCAUGGGGCCGGUGACAGCGGAGGACAAGCGGCGCUCGAUGCGCGACGACACGAUGUGGCAGCUCUACGAGUGGCAGCAGCGCCAGUUCUACAACAAGCAAACAACUCUUACUAGGCACAGUACUCUGAGCAGCCCCAAAACCAUGAUUAACAUCUCGGAUCAGACAAUGCAUUCCAUCCCCACCUCACCCUCUCAUGGUUCCAUUGCUGGUUUCCAAGGGUAUUCCCCACAACGCACCUACCGGUCCGAGGUGUCGUCACCGGUGCAAAGGGGAGAUGUCACUAUUGAUCGCAGACACAGGACACAUCAUGCUAAGCAUGUCUAUGUGCCUGAGAGAAGGUCGAUGCCAGCAGGUCUGAGUUUACAGCCUGUUACUCCUCAGAGCCUCCAAGGCAAAACACCAGAGGAGCUCACGCUGCUGCUCAUAAAGCUGAGACGGCAGCAAGCCGAACUGAGUAGUAUCCGGGAACACACACUAGCACAGCUCAUGCAGCUAAAGCUUGAGGCCAACAGCCCAAAGAAUGAGAUUCUUUCACAUCACCUCCAAAGGAAUGCCAUAUAUUUGGAUCACCAGAUGAAAGAGAAUGAACCUUUAAUCACCAUGGUUCACACUAUGAUUGAGAACUCGGCGCUAAGACCACAACUGUACCAGCAAUUAACACAAGAAGAAUGUAGGGGUACACUAUACAAAUAUAGAACUGAAGAGCUGGAUAUUGAUGCUAAGCUUAGCCGUUUAUGUGAACAAGACAAAGUUGUACAAGCACUGGAGGAGAAGCUUCAACAGCUACACAAGGAGAAAUACACGCUUGAGCAAGCUUUGCUAUCAGCAAGUCAGGAGAUAGAAAUGAAUGCAGACAAUCCUGCAGCCAUACAGAAUGUAGUCUUACAGAGAGAUGACUUGCAGAACGGACUCCUUAGCACGUGUCGGGAAGUGUCCCGAGCCACUGCGGAACUGGAAAGAGCUUGGAGAGAAUAUGAUAAAUUGGAGUAUGAUGUAACUGUAACAAGGAACCAUAUGCAGGAGCAACUGGAUCGACUUAGAGAAAUUCAGACUGAGUCAGCAGGGAUACAGCGUGUUCAGCUUCAGAAGGAACUGUGGAAAAUUCAGGAUGUCAUGGAGGGUUUACUUAAUCACAAACAGCAAAGAAGCUCUUCAGAGACAGGCAUCAUGGUAUCAAGAACAUUUUCAUCUAUUAAAUAUAAAAAUGAGGAAGAGGAAGUAGUCCCACCUCGUCCUCCACUCCCUCGGUCCUAUGACUUUACAGAGCAUCCUCCCAUAAUCCCCCCUCUGCCCAGUGAUAGCAGCUCCUUGCUCUGUUAUAGCAGGGGCCCAGUUCAUCUGACAGAAGAAAAGAAGAUUUACCAAGUUCAAGGAUAUCAGAGAAAUGGAUCUUACUGUGGUCCUGAUUAUAGACUUUAUAAGAGCGAACCAGAGCUAACUACAGUGGCAGAAGUGGAUGAGUCUAAUGGUGAAGACAAAACAGACCAGAUUUCAGAAUCAGAGUCUAGUGCUAAAGGCUCACAUUUUCCUGUGGGAGUUGUACCACCCAGAACCAAAUCCCCAAUGCCAGAGUCUUCAACAAUAGCUUCCUAUGUCACUUUGAGGAAGAAUAAGAAGAUAGACCUAAGAACGGAAAGACCAAGAAGUGCAGUGGAGCAGCUGUGCCUUGCAGAAAGCUCACGGCCUCGAAUGACUGUGGAGGAGCAGAUGGAAAGAAUAAAGAGACACCAACAAGCUUGCCUGAGAGAGAAGAGGAAAGGACUCAAUAUUAUUGGUGUUUCAGACCAAUCUCCUGCACAGAGUUUGUCAUAUGGCAGAGAUAAUCCAUUCAGACUGGCACAG